AUGUCGUUUGAUAAAACUAUAACAUGUCAAUUUCAAUAUGAAAAUAACGUUGACCUCGGUGUUCCAUCUGAUAUUCCACUAAAUACAAAUAUUCGUCAAUUAAAUGUUAUUGUUAAUGCAUUAGCUAAAAUUCAACAACAGACAACAAAUGAAGACACACCGUAUGCAUUCUACAUUGAUGAAGUUGAAAUUACAGAAACCGUUGAAAGAUAUAUUGAAGAAAAACUAAAGAAAAAACAAGGAGUUGCUGGUAGUGCUGAUGAUACAUUUGAGAAAACAUUAACAAUUACUUGUAUUCCUAAAGCACGUUUUCAUGUUAUACCGGUUGAACGUUGUACGGCGACGAUUGAAGGACAUUUAGAAGCUAUAACAGUUUUACAGUUUAGUCCCAACGGAAAAUUGUUAGCAUCAGGUAGCGGUGAUACAACUGUUCGAUUUUGGGAUUUGAAUACACAAACACCAUUUGAUAAUUAUGGGAAAGCACAUCGACAUUGGAUAUUGUGUUUAUGUUGGGCACCAAAUGGAAAAAUCAUAGCAUCGGCAUGUAAAGAUGGACACAUUGGACUAUGGAAUGGGUAUACUGGAAAACAAUUAGGUACAAAAUUACUAUCUAGCCAUCGUCAAUGGAUAAAUUCAUUAUGUUGGCAACCGUUACAUUUAAAUGGUUCAUGUCGUCUUUUAGCAUCUGCUAGUAAAGAUACAACAAUUAAAAUAUGGGAUACUCAUUUGUACAAAGUUGUUUAUACUCUAUCUGGUCAUACGGCUAGUGUUACGUGUAUCAAAUGGAGUGGUCAAAAUUUAUUAUAUUCAUCAUCACAAGAUCGUACAAUUAAAGUAUGGCGUACUACAGAUGGUGUUCUAUGUCGUACAUUAGAAGGACAUUCACAUUGGGUAAACACACUGGCAUUAUCCACCGACUAUGUAUUACGAACGGGCUCGUAUGAACCAUCAAAAGAAAAUGGAAAACAGCAGGAUGAAGAAAAUGAUGAACAUCAGUUACAAGCAUUAGCCUUAGAACGAUAUGAAAAUUUAUUUCGUUCGCUAGAAAAUGAUAGUGAACGUUUAGUAUCAGGUUCAGAUGAUUUCACAUUGUAUUUAUGGAAACCAGAAACAGAAAAGAAACCAAUUGCACGUAUGACUGGUCAUCAACAAUUAAUUAAUGAUGUUAAAUUUUCACCUGAUACACGUCUAAUAGCAUCAGCGAGUUUUGAUAAAUCAAUUAAAUUAUGGUCUAGUCGAACAGGAACAUAUCUUGGAACAUUACGUGGACAUGUACAAGCUGUUUAUCAAAUAGCAUGGUCAUCGGAUAGUAGAUUACUUUGUAGUGGAAGUGCAGAUAGCACAUUGAAGGUAUGGAAUAUUAAUGAGAAACAAUUGUUAUGUGAUCUACCAGGUCAUGCCGAUGAAGUUUAUGCCAUUGAUUGGAGUCCAGAUGGACAAACGGUUGCUAGUGGAGGAAAAGAUAAAGUAUUAAAAUUAUGGAAAAGAUAG